CCAAAAAAAAAAACUUGUGCAGAUAAACACCAUCACUCAUUCACUUGGCUCCUCAGUGUGUCUCACUGCAACAUCAACCAACAUGCAUUGUCAACUUCUCAGAGCCUUAAAUAAAGCACCCCUCUGUCACACACACACUAAGCACAGCUCCGCCUCCACUUGCUCCUGAUCAAGCUCUCUUUCAGCUGGACCUGUCGCCGGCCAUGGAGGUAGCAGUAGAGUGCGCGAAGUGCGAGUGCUGCGGGCUGCGGGAGGACUGCACCCGGGACUACAUCCUCGGCGUGCGGGCGGCCUUCGGCGGGCGGUGGCUCUGCGGGCUCUGCUCGGAGGCGGUGCGGGACGAGGCGGCCAGGGGCAGGACGAAGCAGAGAGGCGGCUGUCAUGGCGGCGCAGCCGCAGCGGGGCUGGAGGAGGCGCUCAGGGACCACAUGGCCUUCUGCGGCAAGUGCAGGAGGAGCCCCGCGUUCCGCGUCGCCGACGGCAUGCGGCAGAUGCUGCAGAGGCGGUCCAAGUGAUGGCAUUGCAUGGCGUAUCAGCAAUUAGAUCCGCGCCAUCUAGCAGGUCUUGGAGAGGAAAUGAACAAGAUGAACAAGACAUUACCUGCAGUAAGCUAGCAUCAUGUGAAAAUGGCACGACAGCUUUGGUGUGUCAGUGAUCUCUGAAAAGUCGGGGUUCCUAGGUAUAAUAAGCUACAACGCUGCUACUUUUUAGUCAUCGGUGUAUCGCGCGUUAGUACCAUUGGUCUCUUAGGCUUGGAAGGCUCGUACAUUCUUCAAGCUACGACUGUUGCAAGAACGAAUGUACUAUAUGAUUUGCACGGCAGGAGAAAAUAACAGAUAUGUAGUGUCUGCUGCGAUGCAUAUUUCUUCAGUUAAACGAUGAAGCCGUGAGAUGAUU